AUGGCCAAACUUAGUUUAUUCCUACAAACAAUUUAUGUAUUUAUAUUUCAUCUUGCACAUCCGAACAGGGGUGUUCGACUAUACCCUGUUGUUCAAGAGAUGUGUGGUGGAGUUAAAUAUAGGCUAGGGAAUGAUGGGAACAUGGAUCAUAAUGGGUCAUAUAGGUGCUACCAUGAUGUUGCUUCCCUUCCAAGCACAGGUAAUAAUUCACUUCAACAAGAUUUGGCAUAUGGUUUAGCCAAACAAAAGUUGCCAAGCCUGAAGUCAAAUUCCCUCGAGGCAAAAUUUUCUGGAGAAGGAAAUAAUUCAUCUGGUGUACUAUAUUAUGCAACACACGACUCAUCGGGAGGCCCUGAUGCUAGCUAUUAUGGAUUGCAUGCCACCACUGAUGUGUAUGGACAUGCGCUUAAACGUGGUCAAUUAAGUCGCAGUGGAAUUUGGGUUGGCCAUAGUGGAGAUGGUCGAAAAUCAAGCUUUAAUGCAAUUAGUGUUGGAUGGCAUAUUGCUCCAGAAAAAUAUGGUGACUCUCAUCCUCAUUUAUUUACCUACUGGACGAGGGAUGGAUAUCAGAGUACUGGGUGCUACAACAUGGAUUGUCCAGGUUUCAUAGCAGCGAGCAGCGCUACUGUUACUCCAGGAGCUCGCAUAAACCCAUCUUCAAAGGUCACGCUUCGAGUGUUGAAGGAUGACCAAAGUGGGCACUGGUGGGUGUACUAUGGCUUCAACGGCGUCCCAACGGCUGUGGGCUACUACCCAAAGUCAUUGUUCACAUACAUGGCAAAAAAGGCAAACCAGUUCUCGUUUGGUGGCUUCGUGUUCGCAGAAAGGGCGCUUCCAACUCCUCCAUUGGGCAGCGGCGUCCUUCCUGGUGGCAAGGGACGUGCGGCAUCGUUUACUGACUUGCGCCUCAUUGAACGGGAUGGAAGGAGCAGCCCCAUCAUGAAGGACUUGCCUAGUGUUAUAUCCAACAAUAAAUGUUAUUCUAUCACUCCUAUUGUUAAUUCCGGGUGCUUCUUUGGCGGGCCAGGAGGUUGCGUGUAA